UAAGGAUCUUGAAAACAUGCGAAUCUCAUAAUAAUUAUUAUAAAAUUAAAUUGCGGAUAAAAAGUGAAUAAUGGAAGAGCCCAUCGAUAGCAUACGGCAAAACAAUCGAAGUCUACUUCAACUUAAUAGACGAACCAAUAGAGAUGAAAUUAGCGAUAUAAGACGUUCAUUUGGAACUUGCACAUCAACGCACAAUGCUGCAGAAAUUAUUGACAAAUUAAAAACAAAAUCGACUAUAUCUGCACAAGAAUUAAAUCAACUUAAAAAUGCUCUUAUGGAAGAAACUACAAACAUUGAGAGAUUGCUGAAUGUGCAUGGAGCUUUAAGAGGCAUAGUCAGAGAAUUAACAGGUGCUGACAUAAAGAAGCAAUGUGCUGCAGCGGGAUGCUGCUGCAAUCUUGCAAUGGGAGAUAGCAAGGCCUGCUUCACUAUUGCCAAAGCCACUGGUACAUAUUUGCUGGCUGCUGUUGAUAACCUCGCUACUGAGUUGGCUGUGACAUGCACAUGGACUCUAGGUAACCUAGCUGCUUCUGGUACAAAAGUGUGUGACAUCCUCACAUCACAGGGGGCUCUAUCCAAAUUGAGUGAACCACACACAAAUGAAGAGGUGCAAGACGCAUGUUGGUAUGCUCUGAAACAUUUUGUGUAUCAAAUGGGAGAUGGAUUGAAGGUGGAGUACCUCCAGAAGAUGUUACAGUCACUAACAAAAUCCCACAUCACUUUGGAAGCGUCACAACUGCUCUUCAUUCUAUCCUGUCACCCUGACUUCCCCAGUUUCAUCACAGAAGAAUUAAUUACAAAAAUAUUAGAACAAUUCACUAAAAGUAUAGAAAAUCAUUUAUUUUGUAAACAAGAUAAUCCAUGUUGUGACUUUGUGUAUAUCUGUCGAACUUUGGCCAACACAAAUGAAUCUGUAUACAAUGUAAUAUUAAAUGUUAUUGUUUCUAAUAAAAUGAGUGGUGUUAUUAAAAAAGUGUUAAGUGUAGAGAAUAAAAUAGUAAAUGAAUCUUUAUUAUGGUUGCUAGGCAACGUCUAUAAGAGCUGUGGUGGAAAUGAGUUCAUUGAAUUUUUAAUAAGCUGAUGGUGGUUAAUAAAUGAAUUUUAUAUUAUA